GUUCGCAAAGUAUAUCUCUUUCUCCUUCUCUCUCGCUUUCUCUGCCUACCAAGCAUAAGAUAUAUCGAUAUCCUGGUGUAUCGAUCAGCGCUCGAUCGUUAAACUUUAAUAAUCCAAAAUAAUCUUCGCGCGUCCAUCAGCGAGCAUCUUUUAAUUGACCUUUGUUGCGCGGCUAUUAAUCAUUAUCAGCGUUAUCAGCGACAGCUGAUGUAUCAUUAACUCCGGCGCACCGGCUGUUGUCCUUUGCUCGCUUCUCCCGCUUCCGGUCUCGACAUUUCGCCGUUCGAAGGUGAACGAGGAUGACGUGUGCACCUGGAACCGCUGUACCUUAACUCCGUCGUCCUUUCCGUUCAUCUUUUCCUGCACUUUUCAAUUUUGACGUUUGAUCCUCUCUCUCUCUCUCUCUCCCUCCCUCUCUUUCGGUUUUUUUGCAUCACGAGUGCAGGAAGUGUGGGGAAACAUCGACGAGAAGUCAAACGAUCGCCUAUACCUGACCUCGAGCACGUCGUCUCCGAGCUUUCUCCGACGAAAUGGACCCCGAAGCCGAGAAUUGCGAACCGGGCCUGACCAAGGAAUGGGAUGACUUGGCGCAGGACUACAAGGAACUCGAGACACUAAAUAGAGAGUAUCUUGCAAAAUUAGAUGAGAUUAGUGAGCUGCAAGCAAAAUGUGUGAAGGGUCUCUCGCAUCAGAAAUACCGGAUGGGCAUAAUAGACAAGAUGUUGAAGCGAUUGAAUACAAGAGAAAAGCAAGAAGAAUUACAAAAAUCUAUAGCAAGAAGAGAGCAACAACUGUACGAGAUAGAACAAACAUUACCUAAGCCAAAUGGCACAUAUCUCCAAAUUAUUCUUGGCAAUGUUAAUGUCUCCAUACUAAAUAAGAGCGACAAAUUCAAGUACAAAGACGAGUAUGAAAAAUUUAAACUAGUUUUAUCAGUAAUUGGAUUUGUACUAUCUGUAAUAAAUCUAUUUACCAAUAUAAGGACUUUAGAACUUAGUUUUAUGUUUCUCCUCGUUUGGUACUAUUGCACGUUGACGAUAAGAGAAAGUAUACUGAAGGUGAACGGAUCGAGGAUUAAAGGAUGGUGGAGAUUUCAUCAUUUUCUCUCGACUGUUGUAUCCGCUGUUCUACUGGUGUGGCCAAACACGGGACCGUGGUACGUGUUUCGUAGCCAAUUCAUGUGGUUCAACGUAUACAUCAGUGUAGUUCAAUACUUGCAGUUUCGAUACCAACGCGGCGUUUUAUAUAGAUUGAAAGCUCUGGGUGAGAGGGACAAUAUGGACAUUACUAUCGAAGGAUUUCAUUCGUGGAUGUGGCGCGGCCUUUCCUUUCUGCUACCGUUUCUUUUUGUCGGCUACCUGUUUCAGCUUUACAACGCGUACACGUUAUACAAAUUGGCAUAUCAUCCAGAGGCAACGUGGCAUGUAUCGGUACUUAGUGCCAUGUUCCUUGUACUAUUCCUGGGCAAUACUGCUACUACCAUCAUGGUGAUUCCGCAAAAGCUGGUCAAAGAACGUGUCAAAAAUCAUCUGUUCGCGUCUAAGUCUGAUCGUAGGAAGGAAAGAACUAUACACAAUAAAGACAACAAAAGCGAAAAGAGUGAGUGAGAAGAAGAACUUGGAAGAACUUAAGAUUUCUCUGCUGACAAAAAACUCGAGCUGAGUAAGACGAAGAAAAAUUAUAAAGCAGGGAUGAGAGUUUAUAUUAUAAAGUGGUGUUGGUGCUGGCAUUAAAAUGUAAUGAACAGUACUUUACUUGUUGCGCCGUUGUAAAGGUAAAUUAUAAUUACAUUUAUACAUAUAACGACGCAAGUAAUUUUGACCGCAAACGAAAAACAUCGCGAUUUCGUGUACUUUUUUUUAUAGAUUUUGGUUUGAGUAUAAGUCCGUUGUAGAGUAUUCUCGUGAAUACUCUUUUUUUGUACUCUCCGGUUAAAUCCCGGAGUAUAUAAACUCUAAUUCAUGAUUCAAUCAUAAA